AUGACAGGAAAAAGAACCCAAAUCAGCCCGUCCGGUAGCCCAUCAUCUAGCAACGUCUCUGACGGAUCCUCUAAAGACCAAGAACGGCUUCUCCCGAUUGCCAACGUCGGUCGUAUCAUGAAAAAAUCACUCCCGGCUAAUGCCAAAAUAUCUAAAGAAGCCAAAGAGACGGUGCAAGAGUGUGUGUCGGAGUUCAUCAGUUUCAUAACCGGAGAAGCCUCAGACAAAUGUCAGAGAGAGAAGCGAAAAACAAUCAACGGUGAUGAUUUGUUGUGGGCCAUGACAACCCUUGGGUUCGAAAACUACGUUGGUGGUUUGAAGAGUUAUCUCAACAAGUACACGAGAACAUCUGAGCCACCGACUGAUACUGAUAUUGGUACUGGUACCAGUCAUGAUCAGGUGUCGAAUUCGACACCAACAAGACUGAUCUCUCAAGGCUUUGACGAUCCGCAUCAUGGACACAUAGUUGGGUAUGGUGCCGAGUUGGUUAACAUGGUCAAGCUCCAUGAUGCCAAGAUGGUUGUGUCAGCCCAUGGUCAAGGAUUUGAGUGGUAG